GAGGCUUGGGGAGUGCGCGCAGGGCUGCGCGGGUGAACUUGCUCACCGUCUGCGGAGCCCUGGGGCGCUGGGAGGGUCGUGCCCGGCUUUCCCUCCCUGCCCCGACGCGCGCCCGCCGCUCUUGGCGGCUGAACCCCCUGCCUCUUCGGUACCCCGUGGCUGGGCAGCUGCCCCUCCCGGGCCCUCCCGUCUGGGCGGCCCCUCUGGCUUAUCUUUCUGCGGAUGAGGAGGGAGACCACCACCUCCAACCCAGGGCAGCUGGCAGUUUCCUCGGGAGUCGCCGCCUGGGGGCGUUUCCAGGCAGCGCCCCCUGAAUGAAGAAUCCCUGGAGCUCGUUGGACCCGCGCCCUGCCACCUGCCGGGAUCCUGGGCAUCCGAGCUGAGACUGACUGUCCCGGGGGGCAGUUCUGCCCCUCUCCCCCCAAAUGCCAGCCGAAGUACUCUCAGCCAUCACCGUCGAGCUCCUGCCACCAGGCAGACCAGAAGUGUCAAAAGAAGAAACUUUUCUCCUCUGACGGGCUUGGGGAAUUCCUUAACCCAGCGGAUGCUGGGUAGUAAGCGACUGGGGCUGUCGGGACUGACCCUUGCCCUGUCCCUGCUUGUGUGCCUGGGCGCGCUGGCCGAGGCGUACCCCUCCAAGCCGGACAAUCCGGGAGAGGACGCGCCGGCGGAGGACAUGGCUAGAUACUACUCGGCGCUGCGACACUACAUAAACCUCAUCACCAGGCAGAGAUACGGAAAACGAUCUAGCCCUGAGACACUGAUUUCAGACCUUUUGAUGAGAGAAAGCACAGAAAACGUUCCCAGAACUAGGCUGGAAGACCCUUCUAUGUGGUGAUGGGAAAUGAAACUUGCUCAGCGGUCUUUGCCUAUUUUUCAACCAAUAUUUCAUCCUGUGAAACUAGAGUCUGCCAGUUCUCCCAAUGCAUGCAGCCACUGUGCUCAGCUCUGCAGUUUUCCCUUUGUUGUCAUUGUAUAUAUGUGUGUUUAAAUAAAAUACCAUGCAUUCAAAAGCA